UUACUGAAAUUUCAGUAGUGAGUGAGUACAACUUUCUCGUUUAGCUUGCUGUCCAAGCCAAACCCUAAAAACCUACCAUCCUUAUCCUAUAAAUAAGACCCCCUCCCUCUCUCCCUUUUCACCCUAACUCUCAAACACAGUACUACUACUACACUCUUCUAGAAUUUUCUUCCAUUUCUACCCUUCCUGCAAUUCCAAACCUCCAAAAAUGGCGACCCAAGCUUUUUCCGUUCAUCUCAGCCCUAACUCCAGUCUUUUCCCCGAAGUCCUUCCCAUCCACAUUCCUGUGUCCAUGAGCUCUGACGACUCUCUCUCCAAGAAGAAGAAGAAGGCGUCGUCGUCUUCUUCUUCUUCUUCGUCUCCCAUUGAGACGAGCUCACUCAGCUCACUCUUGUCUUCCUUGGGAAUCAUGGCCCUUUCUUCUGGAAACUUCCAGGUGGCGGUGGACUGGAAGGAGACCUCUGACUCUCAUGUCCUCAAGGUCGAGCUUCCUGGGAUGAACAAGGAGGAAGUUAAGAUUGAUUUGGACGAUGAAGGUGGUCAUAACGUGCUUGUCAUCUCCGGCGAGAAGGAGAAAGAGAAAGAGAAAGAGAAAGAGAAGAAGAAGCAGAAUGAACAAGAGGGUGACAAGUGGAUCUUUGCUGAGAUAAGGUCUGGAAAGUUCUGUCGUCGUUUCAAGCUCCCUGAGAAUGCUAAGGCUGAUGAUAUCCAUGCUACUAUGGUGGAUGGUGUUCUUACUGUUACUUUUCCCAAGGUUCAACUUCCUAAGAAGCCUGCUAAGUCUAUUCAGAUUUCUGCUGCUUGAAAUUUCAGAUCAAGUUUUGGUUCGUUUGAUUUUCUGGGUUCGUUUUAUGAUGUUUAAUGUUCUGGGUUUUUCUUUUUAGGUUUUAUUAUGAUGAAGAGAGAGAGUGGUAGUAGUAUUAAGUAAUAUAGUAUAUGUAGUAGUGAUCUAAUGAAAGAAGGCUAGAUGCCAAGAGUUGGAUGCCAUGAAAAUGAAAUGAUGUUAUCAUCAUGUUUUGUGAAUAUAAUCAAAUCUGGGUUAAGUUUACAGUAUAUUUAUGGCAUGCAUGACAUUUUUUACUUUAAUGUUUUUAAAUCUUAUGAAAAAAUGGUGCAUGGUUUAUUUUGGUGAAUGGAUAAAACAGUAUUAUUAAGUCAUUAACGUAUUAAGCACUUGUACAACACCUGGCCUGAAACUUGAAAGGAGUAAAAAUGUUAGGCAGGCCUCAAAAAUAAGGUCCCAAUU